UAUUUUAUUAAUUUUUUUAAUAUAUGAGUGGAUUGGUUAGAACCAACCAUUUCAUGGCUAAAUUUAUUCCACAUUGAACAGAGCACCUGAGAAGGAAAAAGUGAUCAACAGUCUUCAAACUGAAUAUAUGGAUCUUGAAACUAAGCCCUCUCAGGAAUGGAAAAAAGAUGAGGACAGCAUCAAGGACACCCUGAAUGAACUUGAGAAUGAAGUAGGAAAUAUCAGCAGAGAGGUGGAUGAUUUUACAACAAUUGAUACCUCUACGAAAGAUGCCAUAAGAAAUAGCCAACAAGUCAACAGUCCAAAUGGCAUAUCGCAGGACCUGUCAUCCCAAACAGGAAAUGUUCAUGAUGAGGAAGAAGCUAUGAUUGCACAUGCAAGUGAUCAAUUCACACAUCAUGAUCCUUUGGGAGCUCAUGAUGAUAAACAUGGCAGUGAACAAUCUCGUAGACAUCGUCGUCGGGGCAAAAGCCAUUCUUCAGGGCAUCGUACUCCUGUUAGCAACCCCACCCAAAAUGGUAAAGACCAAGAACAGAGAACGGCUCCAUGUAAAGCCACAGCUAAUCCCUCUACAAAAGAUGCCUUAGCAAAUGGCCGACAAGUUGACGGCUCAAAUGGCAUAUCACAGGACCAGUUACUCCAAAAAAGAAACGUUCAUGAUGAGCAAGGAGCUAUAGUUCCACAUGCAAGUGAUACAUUCACGCAUCAUGAUCGUUUAGGAGCUUGUGCUGAUAAAAAUGGCAGUGAACAGUCUCGACGACAUCGUCAUCGGAGCAAAAGCCAUUCCUCAGGGAGCUGUAUUCCCGUUGGCAACCGCUCAAGAAAGGGUAAAGACCAAGAACCUAGAAGGACACGUAAAGAGACAGCUAAUACCUCUAGGAAAGUUACAGAUGCUGCAGGAAAUAGCCUAAGAGCUGAUGGUUCAAAUGGAAUAUCGCAGGACCCAUCAUCCCAAUCAGGAAACGUUCAUAAUGAUGAAGAAGCUAUACUUCAACAUGAACAUAAUGAAUUUACGCAUCGUGAUCCUUUAGGAGUUCCUGGUGAUAAACAUGACAGUGGAAAUUCCCGUAAACAUUGUCAGAGUAACAGCCGUUCUUCAGGACGUUGUGGUCCCGUUAACAACCCCACCCAAGGUGGUAAAGAUCAAGACCGUAGACAGAUUUCGAAUAAAGCAUUGGCAUGUACUGCCGAAACGCUACUGGCUAACUGCCUAAAGGAACUUCAAGAAAGGAUGACCGCAAUAACAGAGCAACAUACUAAAAAGAUCGAUGGAGUAAGUGGUCUUCUAGGUCGUCUGCGUGUAUCAAAGCACAUCCGUUUGGAAGAUUUUGAACGAAUACGCUCAGAGAGAGAUGCUUUAAAGCAAAAGAAAGAUGAGCUACAGCUACAGAAGGAUGAAUUUCAACAUUUUAAAACUCAGAUAACUUCUUGUCUGCUUGACCAAAGCUGCCAGCCGUUGUCACGUGUAAGGGGUACAAUCAAGGAAUUGAGGACUGCUGUUGACAGAGAAUGCCACAGGCUUGAGGCAGCCCUUCCAAUGUACGCACGAAAAACCACCAUCAUUAACACUGUCAAGCAAAACCAGGUUUGUGUUGUUCUCGGAGAAACUGGAUCUGGCAAAAGCACUCAGAUGACCCAGUACCUCUACGAAGCAGGUUUCGCUAAGAACGGCCUAAUCGUUUGCACUCAGCCAAGAAAAGUUGCUGCCACUAGUUUAGCAGCCCACGUCGCUGAGGAAAUGGGUGGAGUCGUCGGACAGGUUGUCGGUUGCCAUGUAGGAGGGAACGUCCAAGCAAGUAAGACAACUGGUAUUAUUUACGCAACAGAUCACAUUCUCCUCAAUGAAUGCCUGAGAGAUCCCAAUCUAUCCAAGUAUUCUUGCAUAAUUAUCGAUGAGGCACAUGAACGCAGCCUUUUCUCAGACCUACUUCUUGGAAUGAUCAAGAAAAGCCUAGCACAAAGUCCCGAGCUGCGAGUGGUCAUCACUUCCGCUACCAUUGAUCCUGCUCUCUUUGUGGCUUACUUUGAUAAGUGUCCAGUUUUGAAGGUGUCUGGUAGAAUGUUCCCUGUAGAUGUCGUAUGGAAAGAUGGUCCAACAAGCAAUGCAGAAAACUAUCUGCAAGAGGCUGUUAAUGCAGUUCAGGAAAUCCACCGCAAGGAAGGUCCAGGAGAUAUUCUAGUGUUUCUUACUUCCCCAGUGGAAACAGAACGCGCGUGUGAAAAGUUAGGAAAGAUGGAGUCUGAUCCAAAUCUGGUGUGUCUCCCGCUUCAUGGAAAGUUACGUCAAGAAGAGCAGAGGAGGGUGUUCGAGGAAGGCGCAGGCAAACGAAAAGUAAUAUUUGCAACGAAUUGUGCGGAGACGUCCAUUACUAUUCCUGGGAUAAGGUACGUGGUGGACACAGGCAUGGUAAAAGAAAUGACGUUUGACCCAAAACGUAGCAAAAGUUCUUUGGAAGUAACAACCAUUCACAAGAGUUCUGCUGAGCAACGCAAAGGACGAGCGGGAAGGACACAGGCUGGAAAGUGCUAUCGACUUUACAGUGAGGAAGAGUACUCGGCAAUGGAAGAUCGAUCUAGACCAGAGAUUCUGAGAGUCCAUCUAGGGCAGGCAAUGUUAAAACUAAUGGAACUGGGCAUCGAAAAUGUGACAGAGUUUGAGUUUGUGGAAUCACCGCCACUGGUAUCAAUAAAACUUGCCUUAAAGGACUUGGAAUUGCUGGGAGCCACUGCUGAUGGACAGCUUACAGGACUUGGCCACAAGAUUGCUCGAGUUCCAUUGGAGCCGCGGAUAGCAAAGCUGUUAUUUGAUGGCAUUGAUCAAGGAGUCGGUGCUGAAGCUUUGGCUUUAGCAGCCAUUGCAACUGUAAGUGGUAGCGUAUUCUUCCGUAUGGGCAGCGAAGAGGAGAAGCAUAUGGCUGACAGUAGAAAAGUCGGUUUCUGUCACAGUGGUGGUGACCUGUUGACGUUGCUAGAAGUGUACAGGCAACACCUGAAGCAACCUAAAGGAAAGCGAAACAAGUGGGCCUACGACAACAGCUUGAACGCAAAAUCGCUUCGCUUGGCAGAUGAGACAAUCAAAGAGCUCAAGUUGGCUUUGAAGCACGAGCUGAACAUUAGAGUACCUGAUGCUAUUCAACAGAAUGAGGGUACUGACCUGAAGCUGCAAAAGAUUUUGGUAUCAUGUUAUAUCGCCAAUCUUUGUGUGUUCACUGGCCACCAGAAGGCAGGGUACAGAGUGGUGGCAUUCAAUCACUCUGCGCAGUUACAUCCUUCUUCAGCUCUUAAGUUCCUCGGAGAAACACCUCAGUUUAUCGUUUUUGAACAACUCCUUAAGACAUCUCGAGACUUUGUCAUCAAUGCAACCCCUGUAGAAGAGACGUGGCUUCAAGAAAUGAUUUCAGAAGGAACUGUUAAGUCCGAUUUCGAAGAACUGAUGUCGACAGUGCUAACAGAGGUUGCUUUGCCCUGUAGUCGAGACCUGAUGGCUUUAGCGUUUGGAGGAUUCCGAAGACGGAUGAUUGAUCAAGUUGAAGAGAAAGUGUCUAAAUGUUGUGAUGGUAGUUUGGUUGUGCUAGAGAAGAACGAAGAAUUAGGGCAAGUGAAAAUCUUUGUGCCACCAGUCCACGUAGUCAAGGCUCUCUCUGUUGUGGGAUGCCACUUGGAAGAAAACAGGAAGUUGCUAAGAGGCGAGCAAAAAGAAGUGUAUCUAAAAGAAGAUUGUCAGAGCAGCAGAAUUGUUUGGGGACAAGGCGGAGAAGUACAGGAACUGCUUAUGCCUCAUAUGUAUCGAACUGUGACAGUCGGUGAGAUACCAGAUGGUAACGCCUUGGUCGUCUUAGAUUUCUUGAAGUCGUUUGGAGAGAUUGUGAAACACAAUUUCAAGGAGCAGAAUGGCAAGAUGCGAUUGUUUGCCACUUUCAAACAUUCUGAAGACGCGGCCAUGGCAGUGAAGGUCUCUGCCAGUAACCCACUGGGCAUGGACGAAAAAGUGAAGCCGUCCCAGGCAAUGUCUGAUAACACACAUUCACAAGUCCCUCAGUUUAAGGUGAAAGCCAAGUGGCUUCGACGUCUUGGCAAAGGUACAGGGUCCAUUGAAUUUUCCACUGAUGAAGAUUUCUCUCAGUCGUUUAGCAGUCUUCACUUCCAGUCGCUAAUGAUAAAAUCAUCACUGGUGGCAUUUCGAGUAGACAAGCAUCGUGAAAGGGCGCUUUUUAUGAGAGGACUCCAUCCUGAAACUUCAGUGGAGGAUGUGAAGUCUGCUAUCGAAGGACGGCUACCCAAUGUGAAAGUGAAAAACGUGUUUAUCCAUCGAUUAGCAGAAUUUCCUACUAGCGAUGAAACCCUUGAUUCACAGACGUUAUCCUUUCAAGAACGUCUCCACACCUUUGCUACAGAAGGCCAAUUUUCCGUUCAUUUGAGAAGACCUUCACCUAAAGAUUUUGAGGGGCAUGCCUAUCUGACGUUCCAAGACGCCGAGGAGGCUCAUGCAGUCGUGAGAGGUCUUAGUGGACAAUGUAUCUUUGGUAUUGGAAUCGUAACCCUGCAACCCAUCCUUUCAACUUUCUUGCUGUGUUCAAAAAAUGUCUUCACUGUCAUCGAAGAUGAGCUGCGCGCAGUUGUGAAGGAACUAGAUAUGAUCUUUGACAAGAGACUCGUUAUGAAACUAAACAAGCAACGCAAAGACCAACGAGUUUCCAUCAAAAUCCAAAGUGACUGCACGGAGCUCUUUAUUCGAGCUACAACAGUAUUCAACGAGAUCCUCAACGGAGACCGGAUUGACUGCAAAACGUCGAAAACCUUGGAAAUUUUAAUGACCAAUCAAGUGCAAGACGUCUUGCAAUCCAUCCAGAAAGAUACCGGAACAGUAAUCAAUCAAGAUUGGAAGAACAGAGUUGUCAGAAUACAUGGAAACGAAGCCAGUCGAGAAUCAGCCAAGCGCGCAAUCAACAAGUUUCUUGAAGACUCCAUCGCAAGUAACAUUCACCCAUGGGAGAUUAAACUUCGGGAACCUGGGAAGCCACGCGGGCUGAUGAAAGCUCUUUUUAAGAGAUUUGGUGUAGAUCUCAAAGGACUGCAGGACAUUCCUGGUGUCCAGAAGAUCCAUGUUGAAUUCCGCAACCACCUGCUUAAGAUCCAGAGUUCCGAUGAAGCUCGAGAAACAAUCAAGCGCUACGUGGAAGAAUGUUCCGAAACUCUUCCCAAGGAAUCAUCCCUUUUACCAUCCGAAGGUCAAACCCAGCUGACUUGUGGUAUCUGCCUGUGUGAUGCGGACGACACAACUGAUUUAUACAGACUUGCGUGCUGUGGCCAUAGCUACGACAAGAGCUGUGUUAUCCAGCAACUGAAAUCUGCAGAGUUUCCACUUCAGUGUGCCACAGAAGAUUGUGAAGAGCUCCUUGUGUGGAGAGAUUUGCAAAAUCUGUUGAGCGAAAAGGAGAGAAAGAAGCUUGCUGUCAGUGCCUUGGACGAGUAUGCCAAAAGGAAUCCUGAAGUGAUUAAGUAUUGUCCAACUGCCGACUGCGGUAUGGUGUACCGUGUCUCAGCGGAAGGAAGACGCUUCACUUGUUGCGCAUGCCUAGCCGAGAUCUGCACGUCUUGCCAGGUGCAGUGGCACGGCGGGCUCACUUGUGCCAUGUUUAAAUCAGGAAAGCAGGUAGAGGGACGUUUAGAAGAGUGGAUGAUGAAGAACCCAAGCAAUAGGAAGAAGUGUCCCAAAUGUAAGACGCCAAUUGAAAAGAAUGAGGGCUGUAAUCAUAUGACAUGCUCUGGGUGUAAAUCGCACAUGUGCUGGCUGUGCCUGGAGGUGUUCCCAACAGGAGGCCAGGUUUAUGAUCAUCAACGAUACUGUCCGAAGCGUUAAGAGUGUGAACCGAUUUCUUCUCUGCAACUUAAGAGUAUAUCCUCUUUUGUGAUGUUUACGACCGACGACACUGGUAACAUCCUAGCAGUCUGUUAUUAUUAGAUUUGUGUAACGUUUUCCUAGAUGUCGUCUGCCUUUAUUUCGAGGAUUAAAACUUGCUACAUAGAGAGCGCUUAACGUGUUUCGGCACAAGAGGAUAUUGAGGAAUGAAAUCGUAAAAUUCUAUGCAUAUCUAGAUCCGCCAUCCAGUCCAUAUGGUGAGUGUACUGUUUAUACUUGAUGUUUUAGCUUCAGAAAGAAGAUAUAUCAAACACGCAAGACACUGUUUUACCACAUUUCAAAGACCUCGAAGGAUUUCGAAUACUCCGCUGCGCAUCGAAAAUUUAAUUUUCUUCUCGUUUUGGAAUAGCCUGCUGAGACUGCGUCAGUCUACACGGCCGGUAUUAUAUAGACCCCCGUGUAUCGACCAUAUCGAGGAUUUUGUGGCACGUUCGGCUGCACCGCUGGUUAGGUUCGGGAAAGUGGUAAAACUAAGUUUAACCUUACAGCUGAUAGUCGUGACCAAUACGAUUCAAAAAUGGGGUAUGUCUUUAUCUCCAUUCCUAAGAACAAGAAUUUGUUUCCAAAACUUCCACACCUUACACGAGUAAAAUUAUUCGAAGGCAAGAGGUGACGCAUCAUGACGACCUAGUUUUACAAGGGCAAAUAUUAAAGAGCGGAGUUAUUAUUUGAUUAUCUCAAGGGUGUUCCAAGCACCCAUGGUGCCUCCCACAAUCUGAGAAAGAAAUAACUUAUAUGGCCUCUGAAGUGCUUUUAUAGCCGUAAGACCCUCAAGAGUGCAAAAUGGAACAUCACCUUCAGUUAGUCAGUACUUUGUCAAUUUAUUUGAAUAUCUGGCAGCACAAUUUUUAGGAAGAUUUGCUUUUCGAAAUGAUGAAAUUGGACCUCCACUUAUAUCUGACAUCAAAGACCAUUUCUGUAGCCUUUUGGAACUUUUUUGUGGAUAUAUUGAACUGUUUCUGGUAAUGGUGUAACUUUCAGGUUUGAUGUGAUUUAUGUGAUACAGUCUGUAACUUGUGAUCAGCUGUUCUUUUUUCACACGGAGGCAGAAGAAAGAGAGGAAGUGGAAGGAGCACAUUCGUUGGACAAGUUGUCUACUCUCCCCAAAUUUAAAUGUCAACUGACAUGUCAUAGAUGUCAUGAUAAGUUUGGGCCAGUCAGAAUUUACCAGAGAUCAUGUUUGUUUCUGGUUACAUUUUUCAGAUGUCCAAGGUCGUUCGCAGCCCCUCUCUCUCCUCUCUCUCAAGGGGUAGGGAAGGGGCCGCGAAUGACCUCGAACGUCUGAGAACCAGGCUACAUUUUCCUCCUGAAUCAUCAAUGGAGGAUAUAAAUUUGCUGGAAAUGGCAUUUGUCUCUAGUUAACAAAUAGAUUCCAUGUUGUAAAGCUGGGUUCCCACUACUGAUGCAAACAUAGGCAUAAGCAUAAAAAAAGGCGAUGCUAGUGAGGAUGGCUGCGACAUGAGCAUAAGAAUAUCAAAACCUUAAGUUCCUAUUAUGUUGCUAUUGUGUCAAUCAGUGAGCACUUUAUGCUUAUGUCAACCAUGUUCUCAGCGUAAGUGUAAGAAGAAGGCUUAUGCUUAUGUCUUGGCCUUCCUCACUGGCGCAUAUGCUUCUUAUGCUUAUGUUUGUGUCGCAAGGGAGGACUGGGCUUAACACAUCACAAAUUGCACCAAAAUGUGUUAAGAACAAGUGUCACAUGAGGCGAUAUUGAGUGUACCACUGAUGUUACACACAUUUUGAUGUCUUCUGUGAUCUACUACU